AUGACACAUGAAGCACUAGAAACGAACCAGCAUUUGCAGCCGGUCCCGUUGCCUCGUAGAAAGGAGGAAGAAAAGCUUAGAGAUUUUAGAUCAGGAAGGACAGAGAAAAUCAAGGGAGUGAACUGUGAAGCCCUCGCGUCCAGCGUCUCCUUCGCCUCUGGCCCUCUGCAUGCGUCGCGCCUCCUCCAACUCCAGGUUUCAACCUUCAGCACCGUACCACGCCAGCACCUACAAGCAGAGAUGGUUAUUCUAGGUGGUCACUUCGGGCUUUCUAACACGAAAUUUCUCAAACCUUAUGUCCUGAAAAUGCACUUCACAAAUAAGUACGUGAGUGCUCAAGUAAUCCACACGCCAACUGCAACGGUGGCCUCUGCUGCAAGCACUCAAGAGAAGGCCCUGAGGUUGAGCAUGGAGAAGGCAAAAGAAAAUACCCGUGAUGUUGCAGCUGCUGCAAAAAUUGGCAAGAUACUUGGGGAGCGACUAAUGCUUCAGAGCAUACCUGCGGUUUCAGUUGCAUUGAAGAGAGAACAAAAGUAUCAUGGUAAGGUGAAGGCAGUGAUUGAUUCUUUAAGGGAGGCAGGGGUCAAUUUUUUAUGA